AUGACCGCCCUGAUGCUGAUGGAGAAAGGUAAAGAGGUGAGGAGUUCACCGCUUCCACCGCACUAUAAUUGGAGCUACGUGAGUUCUGAGACAAUUCAGCUAAGCUGGGAUGUUCAUCGCUUAGCUCAUCUAAAACUCGAACAGCUUAAGUUAAUUGUGUUGCCGGAGAGGGCAGAAGGGAAGUAUGAAACUUUUGAUUUCCAGCUUGGAAAAGCCGAAAUUAAUGAUUUGGUCCCCGGGACAGUCUACAGCGUGUUUUUUGAACCACUGAGAAAAGGCAAGGCGUCUUUCCUAUUCUCUGGAGCACUCGAAACGCUGCCUGCAGAGUCUGCAACAGAGAAAAUCGUUCCAGUACCUCAACUUUAUUGGCAUCGUAGGAGUCACAACAGCUUUCAGCUAGUUUGGAAAGCCGAAGAACUAAUUAACCAUGGCGUGGAUCAGAUUAAAGUAGCAGCUCAACCGACCACCAGCCGUGACUCACCAAAGCUUAGCACCGCGGCCACAGCAGAUGGAGCACUCAUUCUUGACGAACUGGUACCGAGUCAACAGUACGAAGUGAUGAUGGAAGUGAUUAAAGAAAACAUCCCCAUUUUCUAUCAACUGGUCUAUCUUGAAACACGGUCAACCGCACAGGAGGUCAGUACGAUUCCUGUUGAUGGACAAAAUCCGGCAGAAUGUGCAAAAGCCUCGGAUUUGUCACCUCCUAUUUGGACACUGCCUUCCAUUGAGCCCACAGCUGUGACAACGCCUACAAGUGGGUUCCAGCAGCCACACCUCAUUGGUCCUCCUUUAAUGUACACGAAAUCACGAUUGAAAAUGCUUCUCACCACAGUUUGGGUUAAGGCAAGACAGGAAAGGAUGGAUUGUUGUGUCUCAACUGCAAACACUGUUAAAACGUAUUAA